CCGCCCCCUGCUGCUGCCAGUCUGCGCCGGGCGGCGGAGGAGCCCGGAACAUGGCGGCUGCGGCGUGCAGCUUCGUGGCCGAGCGGGAGGCUGAGCCGGCCAAAGUGGCGCGCGUCGUGGGCUCUGAGCUUGUGGACACGUAUACGGUUUAUAUCAUCCAGGUCACUGAUGGGAACCAUGAAUGGACAGUCAAGCACCGCUAUAGCGACUUCUAUGACUUACAUGAAAAGCUUGUUGCAGAGAAGAAGAUUGAUAAAAAUCUACUUCCUCCCAAAAAGAUAAUUGGGAAAAACUCAAGAAGCUUGGUGGAAAAGAGGGAGAAAGAUUUGGAGAUCUACCUCCAGACACUGCUGACCACCUUCCCUGGUGUAGCCCCCAGAGUGCUGGCCCAUUUCUUGCAUUUUCAGUUCUAUGAGAUAAAUGGCAUCACUGCAGCACUGGCCGAGGAGCUCUUUGAAAAAGGUGAACAGCUUCUGGUGGCUGGUGAGGUCUUUGCCAUUGGGCCUCUACAGCUCUAUGCUGUCACCGAGCAGCUGCAGCAGGGAAAGCCCACAUGUGCCAGUGGGGAUGCCAAGACUGACCUCGGACACAUUCUGGACUUCACGUGUCGCCUUAAGUACCUUAAGGUUUCUGGCACAGAAGGACCUUUUGGGACCAGCAACAUUCAGGAGCAUCUCCUGCCUUUUGAUCUGUCAAUAUUUAAGUCACUUCAUCAGGUGGAGAUAAGUCACUGUGAUGCCAAGCACAUCCGGGGGCUGGUUGUGUCGAAGCCCACCUUAGCCACAAUGAGUGUCCGCUUCUCAGCAACCUUGAUGAAGGAAGUCCUCGUUCCUGAAGCCUCAGAAUUUGAUGAGUGGGAGCCAGAAGGCACAGCCCUGGAAGGCCCUGUGACUGCGAUCAUCCCCACUUGGCAAGCUCUGACCACCUUAGACCUGAGCCACAACAGCAUCUCUGAGAUCGACGAGUCUGUGAAACUGAUUCCAAAGAUUGAGUUCCUGGACCUGAGUCACAAUGGAGUGCUAGUAGUGGACAACCUGCAGCACCUGUACAACCUUGUGCACCUGGAUCUGUCCUACAACAAGCUCUCCUCCUUGGAGGGGGUUCACACCAAACUGGGGAACAUCAAAACUCUGAACCUGGCAGGCAACCUCCUGGAGAGUCUGAGUGGUCUGCACAAGCUCUACUCCUUGGUCAACCUGGAUCUCAGCAAUAACAGAAUCGAACAGAUGGAGGAGGUCAGGAGCAUAGGCAGCCUCCCAUGUCUGGAGCACGUGGUUCUGCUGAACAACCCUCUGAGCAUCAUCCCUGACUACCGAACCAAAGUGCUGGCUCAGUUCGGAGAGAGGGCCUCUGAGGUCUGUCUGGACAACACAAUGACCACAGAGAAGGAGCUGGACACUGUGGAAGUGCUAAAAGCCAUUCAGAAAGCCAAGGAGGUCAAGUCCAAACUGAGCAAUCCUGAGAAGAAGGUCAGUGAGGAUUGCCGGCUCUCAGCUGCUCCCUGUGUCAGACCCAGCAGCUCCCCUCCCACCGUGGCUCCCAGCUCCACCUCUCUGCCCCAGCCUAUCCUCUCCAACCAAGGAAUCAUGUUUGUGCAAGAGGAGGCCCUGGCCAGCAGCCUCUCGUCCACUGACAGUCUUAAUCCUGAGGACCGGCCCAUUGCCCGGGGAUGCUCUGAUUCCUUGGAGUCCAUCCCUGCCGGACAGUUUGGGACACAGUAUGACUCUGGCACCUUCUCUGUGGCUGCUGCUGAGGGUUCCGGAGCUUCUUCAUGUGUCCUGGGAAGAGAGGAGGAAGGCAAGUGUGGGGCACCUUCCGAUGAUUUAAGGGACGUAUCCGGAGCUGUUGGUGGCACAAGCACAGAGCAUGUGGAGCCUGAGGUCCAGGUGGUGCCUGGCUCUGGCCAGAUCAUCUUUCUACCCUUCACCUGCAUUGGCUACACAGCCACCAACCAGGACUUCAUCCAGCGCCUCAGCACACUCAUCCGGCAGGCCAUCGAGCGGCAGCUGCCUGCCUGGAUCGAGGCUGCCAAUCAACGGGAGGAGGGCCAAGGCGAGCAAGGCGAGGAUGACGAGGAGGAGGAGGAUGUUGCUGAGAACCGCUACUUUGAAAUGGGACCCCCAGACCUGGAGGAAGAAGAGGAGGGAGGCCGGGGAGAGGAGGAGGAGGAAGAGGAGGGUGAGGAGGAGCGCCUGGCCCUGGAGUGGGCCCUGGGUGCAGAUGAGGACUUCCUGCUGGAGCACAUUCGCAUCCUCAAAGUGCUGUGGUGCUUCCUGAUCCAUGUGCAGGGUAGCAUCCGCCAGUUUGCUGCCUGCCUUGUUCUCACUGACUUUGGCAUCGCUGUUUUCGAGAUCCCGCACCAGGAGUCAAGGGGCAGCAGCCAGCACAUCCUCUCAUCCCUGCGCUUCGUCUUCUGCUUCCCACAUGGCGACCUCACUGAGUUCGGCUUCCUCAUGCCGGAGCUGUGUCUGGUGCUCAAGGUGCGGCACAGCGAGAACACACUUUUCAUCAUCUCGGAUGCCGCCAACCUGCAUGAGUUCCAUGUCGACCUGCGCUCGUGCUUUGCCCCGCAGCACAUGGCCAUGUUGUGCAGCCCCGUGCUCUAUGGCAGCCACACCAGCCUGCAGGAGUUCCUCCGCCAGCUGCUCACCUUCUACAAGGUGGCAGGUGGCUGCCAGGAGCGCAGCCAGGGCUGCUUCCCUGUCUACCUGGUCUACAGCGACAAGCGGAUGGUGCAGACAGCAGCUGGGGACUACUCAGGCAACAUUGAGUGGGCCAGCUGCACGCUCUGCUCAGCAGUGCGGCACUCCUGCUGUGCACCCUCUGAGGCCGUCAAGUCUGCCACUAUCCCCUAUUGGCUGCUACUCACACCCCAGCACCUCAACGUCAUCAAGGCUGACUUCAACCCCAUGCCCAACCGUGGCACCCACAACUGUCGCAACCGCAACAGCUUCAAGCUUAGCCGCGUACCACUCUCCACUGUGCUGCUGGACCCCACACGCAGCUGCACCCAGCCUCGUGGCGCCUUUGCUGACGGCCAUGUGCUGGAGCUGCUCGUGGGCUACCGCUUUGUCACCGCCAUCUUUGUGCUGCCCCAUGAGAAGUUUCACUUCCUGCGCAUCUACAACCAGCUGCGGGCCUCUCUGCAGGACCUGAAGACUGUAGUCAUCGCCAAGACCCCUGUGACUGGGGACCAGUCCCAGAGCCGCCUUGUGGAUGGCCAGCUUGCUAAGGGCAGGGCCAGAUGCAGCAAUGACCAGCAUCUUCAGGAGGCCCUGACAGAGGCUCCAGCCCCAGCCCUAGCCCCAGUGGAGGCGUCGGUCCCGACCCCCGUGGAGGUCCCUGCUCUGGACCGGGCAGAAGCCUCAGCCCCAGAGGAGACCCUAGCAGAGACCCCAGCUCCAGCCCCAGCGGAGGCCUCGAUGCCAGCUUUGGUUCCAGUGGAGACUCCAGCAGAGGCCUUAACGCCAGUGGCAACUUCAGCCCCAGCGGAGGCCCUGGCACAAACGGAGGCCUCCACCCAGUAUCCAAGCGAGCACCUGAUCCAGUCCACCUCGGAGGAGAAUCAGAUCCCUUCGCACUUGCCCGCCUGCCCGUCACUCCGGCACAUUGCCAGCCUGCGGGGGAGAGCCAUCAUCGAGUUCUUCCACAGCAGCAUUGCUGAGGUGGAAAAUGAAGAGCUGAGGCACCUCAUGUGGUCCUCAGUGGUGUUCUACCAGACCCCGGGGCUGGAAGUGACCGCCUGCAUGCUGCUUUCCACCAAGGCCGUGUACUUUGUGCUGCACGACGGCCUCCGCCGCUACUUCUCAGAGCCACUGCAGGAUUUCUGGCAUCAGAAAAACACUGACUACAACAACAGUCCCUUUCACAUCUCUCAGUGCUUUGUUUUAAAACUCAGCGACCUACAAACAGUCAACGUUGGGCUUUUUGACCAGUAUUUCCGGCUGACGGGCUCCUCCCCGAUGCAAGUGGUGACAUGCUUGACUCGGGACAGCUACCUGACACACUGCUUCCUCCAGCACCUCAUGGCCGUGCUCUCCUCCCUGGAACGCACACCCUCGCCUGAGCCUGUCGACAAGGACUUCUACUCUGAGUUUGGGAACAAGACUACAGGGAAGAUGGAGAACUAUGAGCUGAUCCACUCAAGCCGCGUCAAGUUCACCUACCCCAGCGAGGAGGAGAUUGGGGACCUAACGUUCAUCGUGGCCCAGAAGAUGGCUGACCCAGAGAGGGCACCAGCCCUCAGCAUCCUGCUGUAUGUGCAGGCCUUCCAGGUGGGCACACCGCCACCUGGGCGCUGUAGGGGCAUGCUGCGCCCCAAAACGCUCCUGCUCACCAGCGCCGAGAUCUUCCUCCUGGACGAGGACUUCGUCCACUAUCCACUGCCUGAGUUUGCCAAAGAGCCGCCACAGAGAGACCGGUACCGGCUAGAUGAUGGCCGCCGUGUCCGGGACCUGGACCGUGUGCUCAUGGGCUACCAGACCUACCCUCAGGCUCUUACCCUUGUUUUUGAUGAUGUGCAGGGCCACGACCUCAUGGGCAACGUCACCAUGGAUCACUUUGGGGAGGUACCAGGUGGCCUAGCCAGAGCUGGCCAGGGCCGUGAAGUCCAGUGGCAAGUGUUUGUCCCCAGUGCUGAGAGCCGUGAGAAGCUCAUCUCGCUCUUGGCCCGCCAGUGGGAGGCCCUUUGUGGCCGGGAGCUGCCCGUUGAGCUCACUGGCUAACCCAGGCCGCAGCCAGCUCUUGCUGCCCUCCAUGUCCAGGCUAGUGUCUGCUCAGUGCAGAGAAGCAGGCUCCCUUCAUUAUUUUUAAUAUGAUUUCUCCUCCCUUUUGGUACCUUCAUUUGACUUCCUCCCAGAAAAUAUGAACAUUACAUGUCCAGUUGAUUCUUUCUAAUUCUGAGAGUGAAAGUGUCAGUCCCUCCAGGGCCUCUGUGUGCCAUUAUCCUCCCAUGCAUCUGUUAGCUGCCCCUGGUGCAGCGUGGCUGGGCACAGCAGUGUUGUGUCUUCUGUCAUAGAACUGUUGUUAACACAUCGUGUCAUGGGUUCUUUCUUGAAAUGUCAAGUCCAGUCUUGUUGCUGUUGCUGUCAUUGUGGGCAUUUGCUGCUAAUCAUGAAGCUGGCAGCAAAACGCACAUUGGAAGUUCCCACCCUGUGCAGUUUUCCAAAGUGGAGGCUUCUCCUGGUCCAGACAAGUGGGAGAGCCCCGUCGGGGGCAGGGCUCCCCCGGCCUUGGAGCUAAAAGGGAUGGGGACACAGGACCUAGAGCUGCCAGCACCAAGUGUGAUUCCUGUUGCCUAUUUUCUCUAGUCCAAUAAAGUGGCGUUUGACGCAG